GCACACCGCAAACAAGAGGAGAAACGUGGACAUUUUUGUUCUUAUGCUUCAUAUCAAAUACUAUUAAUACGUUACGUGGAGAGAAUCAGAUCAAUGGGAGGACAGUGUGGAUAGUAAAACCAUUCGUGGGAUAUUUUUAUAUAUGAGAACUGUUUCGUGUUCAUUUACAAAUGACUAGGACAUUUGAUCGAUGAUAUCACCAGAGCAGAUGAGAACCGAGUGAUCACGCCAUCCUUGGCCCUUUCUGUCAAUCAAAGGUCCAACUGGAGCAAAGAGACGCCUCCUGCGUCCGGCUCUGAACAACCCCAUUUCUUGCUUGUGUUGGUCCCCGUGAGUGUUUCAAAACUGUUUCUCCAACGCUUUUUCCAGAAACUAAGACUGUUUUCCAAAGCAGAAACAGCACAGACCUCCCAGACUGAGGUGAUGGGAAGUGUGCGGGCCAACCGCUACAGCAUCGUGUCAUCAGAGGAGGACGGUAUGAAGUUGGCCACUGCUGCGGUGCCAAAUGGGUACCGUAAUGGGAAGGGCAAGGUCCACACCCGUCACCAGACCCAGAGCAGGUUUGUCAAGAAAGACGGACACUGCAACGUGCAGUUCAUCAACGUCGGCGAGAAGAGCCAGCGCUACCUGGCCGACAUCUUCACCACGUGUGUGGACAUUCGCUGGCGAUGGAUGUUCAUUAUCUUCUGCUUGGCCUUCCUGCUGUCGUGGCUGUUUUUUGGAUGUAUCUUCUGGCUGGUUGCAAUAUUCCACGGAGACCUGGAUAACGAUGGGCCCAAGUGUGUCUCCAACGUCAGCACCUUCACAGCUGCCUUUCUCUUCUCUAUUGAGACUCAGACCACUAUCGGCUACGGUUAUCGAUAUGUUACAGAUGAGUGCCCCAUCGCAGUGUUCAUGGUUGUAUUUCAGAGCAUAGUCGGCUGCAUCAUUGACGCCUUCAUCAUCGGUGCUGUCAUGGCAAAGAUGGCAAAGCCCAAGAAGCGGAACGAGACUCUGGUGUUCAGCCACAAUGCUACGGUGGCCAUGAGGGACAAUAAGCUGUGUCUGAUGUGGAGGGUGGGCAACUUGCGCAAAAGCCACCUGGUAGAGGCCCACGUUCGAGCUCAGCUCCUUAGAUCUCGCACCACAGCUGAGGGAGAGUUUAUCCCUUUAGACCAGAUGGACAUCGACGUGGGCUUUGACAGUGGCAUUGACCGCAUCUUCUUGGUGUCACCGAUUACCAUCGUCCAUGAGAUUGAUGAGGACAGCCCUUUCUAUGACAUGAGCAAACAGGAAAUGGAGAACUCUGACUUUGAAAUCGUAGUUAUCCUGGAGGGCAUGGUGGAGGCCACAGCCAUGACCACCCAGUGCCGCAGCUCCUACGUGGCCAGUGAGAUCCUGUGGGGACACCGAUUUGAGCCUGUCCUCUUCGAGGAGAAAAACUAUUACAAAGUGGACUACUCUCGCUUUCACAAGACCUACGAAGUGCCCAGCACCCCCCUGUGCAGCUCGAGGGACCUUGCUGAGAAAAAAUAUAUCCUAUCCAACUCGAAUUCUUUUUGCUAUGAGAACGAGGUGGCCCUUUCAAAUAAAGAGGAGAAAGAGGAAGGGAACGGGGACAGCCUGGGCCCUGGCGGGACAAACACGGACACUAGCUCAGACUCAGACCACAGCCAGGCCACCGUUCCUUUAGAACCGCGGCCUCUACGGCGGGAAUCUGAAAUAUGACUGUGCAGAACUAGCGGAAAGGUUUUACAGACACCUCUUAAUACAGGCACAUUGAGCUGAACUGAGCCCCUCGGCGAGGCAGACUCAAGCUAACGGUACAGUUACGAGGAGGAAUCGACAGAGAAACUGUACAAGAGUGUUCUUACGAGUAUGCAUGGUUAAAUAAAACACAGCAUAGAGGCACUGCACAGCUAAUGAAGAAUGCACAUCAAGGGAGGAGAAGAGAGAGUUCCCCAAUUAGGUGACACUACCUUUUUAGACCGUUGCUUCUGAAUGACAUGAAGCCGAGAGGAUAUAACUGGUUUCAAAACUUGAAAAUGAGCAGGCAUGUGUCCAUGUGCAGUUGUCCAACGAUGGAAGUAUGAUUCGAGCUCAGACCAAUAUUUUCAUUCAGCCUUUUACUCAUGCUG